AUGGAGACCCGCCGAGUCCAAGGGGGUCCUUCGGGGCCCGACCGGCGGAGAACCAAGCCCCAGUGGGGACACCACUGGAGCGGGGGCCUCCGGGACAAGGAGGGGGUGACCUCACGCGGCGAUUCGAUCUGGGGAAGCAAGACGCGUGCAGUCACGCGAAGUGGAACAAACCCGGGCUGCCCAGAGCUUGGCAUCCACUCAGGUGUCCUCACGGGCCCGGACCACUGGCACCAGCAUUACCCGAUCGCCAAAGGAAACAACCAGUCACCCAUCGAGCUGCACACCAAGGACAUCAAGCACGACCCCUCGCUGCUGCCCUUUUCCGUGUCCUAUGACCCGGGCUCCUGCAAGACCAUCCUGAACAACGGGAAGACCUGCAGGGUCGUGUUUGAUGAUACUUUUGAUCGGUCAAUGCUGCGGGGCGGGCCUCUCAGCGGGCCCUACCGGCUCCGCCAGUUCCACCUGCACUGGGGCUCCGCGGACGACCACGGCUCCGAGCACACCGUGGACGGAGUCAAGUUCGCCGCCGAGCUGCAUCUGGUCCACUGGAACCCGAAGUAUAACACAUUUGGAGAAGCUCUGAAGCAACCUGACGGGAUAGCUGUGGUUGGCAUUUUUCUGAAGAUAGGGCGUGAGAAAGGCGAGUUCCAGCUGCUCCUUGACGCACUGGACAAAGUUAAGACCAAGGGCAAGGAUGCGCCCUUCACGCGCUUCGACCCGUCCUGCCUGUUCCCCGCCUGCCGGGACUACUGGACCUACCACGGCUCCUUCACGACGCCGCCCUGUGAGGAGUGCAUCGUGUGGCUGCUGCUCAAGGAGCCCAUGACCGUGAGCUCCGACCAGAUGGCCAAGCUGCGCAGCCUGCUGUCCAGCGCCGAGAAUGAGCCACCCCCACAGAUAAGGGGGAGUAUUCGAUUAUCAGAAGUGGAGUUUUAA